AUAUUUUACUAGUUGUUAAAUUAAAUACUUUCUAUUCAUGGUUGAGUUCAUGUACAUAUAAGCUCAGUAUAUAAUUUAAAGUAUUUGUUGUUGAAGAACGUUAUCUUAAAAAUAUGAUUUCAGCUGAAAGAGUGGCAUUUCUAUUGUGUGACAUGCAAGUAAAAUUUCGACCUGCUAUAAAGUACUUUCAGGAAAUAACCGAAGUGUCUCAAAAAUUGGUGGAGACAUCAAAGAUUUUAAACAUUCCACUCAUUGUUACUGAACAGUAUCCAGAAGGCUUAGGAUCAACUAUUCCAGAACUGGAUAUUACUCAUGCUGUUGGUAUUUUUCCCAAAACCAAAUUUAGUAUGCUUAUUCCAGAAGUAGAAAAUGUUUUAGCCAACAAAUGUUGCUCAGAAGGAGUUGAAGCUGUAAUUUUAUUUGGAAUAGAGGCACAUGUCUGUAUAGAACAAACAGCUUUAGACUUAAGAGCUAAGAACAUACAAGUCCAUGUUGUUGCAGAUGCCACUUCAUCUAGAAGUCAAGAGGACAGACUAUUAGCCUUUGAGAGACUACGUCAGUAUGGGUGCUUCGUUUCCACUAGUGAGUCUGUAAUUUUCAAGCUUCUGAAGGAUAAAAAUCAUCCUGAUUUCAGUGCAAUAAGGCCACUUAUCAAGAAUGUAUCUCCACAAACAGGACUGAGCAGCAAAAUAUAAAUGUAUUAAAAAUGUCAAAAAUUAAUUUUAAUCGUAAGUUUGAUUAAGAUAUUCAGUUUUUUUGAUGAAUUUGCUUAAACAUGAAAUAUUUUAUAAAAACUUGCAGCUUUUUAAUUGAAUUCCAAUUAAAUGAAAUUUCCUUUAAUUAUUUGGGUGUACAAUGAAGCAAAUAAACUAAGAUUGUGGAUAUUCUGUAAUAAUUAAAUGGAUCAAACAUUAAUGUUUGUUAUUAUCUACAUCUAUGACAGAUACACCAUUAGAUCAUAUAAUUGGAAAAUAUUUUUAUUUAGCAAUAGGAAACAACUGUAGUUUCUGGUAAGAGGUAAAUAUUAGAAAGCAUGUAUGUGGAUAAAUUUGUACUGAAAAUCUGAAAUAGCAGAUUAUGCACAUCAAAUCUAACUGUAAUAACCAAUAGAGUUAAAAUACAGAUAAACUAAUAGAAGAAAUAUCUUAAUUUUACUGAAGAAGUAAAGUUUUUCAUUUUCUUGAGAAAGCUAAAUAUACCUUACAUCUGUUUCCCAUUCAUCCAUGAGUAAUAUGCCAAUUUUUGUACAUGUUAACACUUGUUUCAUUGGAAUGAAAUUUACUGCCUAAAAUUGUAAAUACUGUAGCAUAAACGUAGCUUCAAUUGGCAGAUUGAAUUAGCAAAAGUAACUUCAUUUCCUUCUUGAUUACAAAUGAACUUUUUUUAAAAAUAAGCUGAGUAUAAAGAAAGGUUUUACAGCCUUGUUUAGAGUGUACAUACGAUAUAAGUGAAAGUUACCAACUCUCUGUUUCUAUAUAGUAUAUGUUAUAAGUUGGUUUAUAACAAGAAUUAACAUUCUGUAAUCAUCAUCGAAAUGGGAAAAUUCUAUUAAAAACAACCUUUCUCUCUGUUUAUGUAGAUUCAUGAAUAUUGUUUAUUGGUAUACAUUUUAAUUUUAUCAGAAUGAUCAUUUUGACCAAAACUAUAUUUUUAUUAACUCAUACUUAAAAAAAUUAAAAGAACCAACUACUAUGAGUACCAUUUAUUAUCACUUUGUAUGAAUGAAGCUUCUACAGAGUGGUUGAUAAGUUUUUGAUGGACUAGGAGAAAAAAAGUAAAAUAGGAAUUUGCUACUUGAAAUUGUAAUUACAUGUAUGGUGAAGCAUCCAUUUGAAUCAUUGAUUUUAGCUUAUUGCCAUGUUAAAUACCAUUUGAAUUUUAGCCAGGAUAAUUAUAUAAUAACUCAUUAAUUCAGCUGUAAGAAGGUAUAUUAUAGGUUAGUUUUGUGCAUGUAAUACAUAAAUCAACUGAAAAAAAAAAGCUUAACAUAGUACAGUUUUGGUCAAUAACAGCUGAAAGCGUAGGUUUAGUUAAUAACAAAUAAAGACUGAGAAUAUAACAAAAGUACUCGAGAGUAUAACUGUGGAGAAGUAUAAUUACUUUACAGAACCGUAUGACUAGUCAAUCCAAAUAUUAAGUUAAAGUGAUUGUAAAAAUAACUGGUAUAAAGGAAUCAAAAUAAACACAUGAUCCUGAAAAUGUUAGACUGUAAUGAACACUACAGAAAUGUGUUGUUGAUUUUAAAAUGACGUAUAUUGAAAAAGCAACAUUUUAUGUUAAAUCAUGAAUUGUUUUACUGCAAAAAAAAAUUAGAGUCUUGGUUGUAUAAAAUGACAAUUAUUUUCUCAAUCAAACCUGCUUUUUUUUUCCUAACUCAAAAUUUGUAAACAUAAUACAUGCAAAAAGUAAAAACUUCUAUAAAUAUCUCCAUUCAUAAAAUGAUGUAUCCAUGUUAAAGCAAAUUCCAUUAACUUAGAAAAAAUAUAGUUAAGUGUUCCAUUGACUAUAUCAGAGGGGAAAUUUAAAAUUAGUAGAUCAUCAUUACCUACUUGAGAUGUAGCAUUGGGAUUUUUCAAUAACAUUGUAUAAAUAUACAAAUUGAUAACAUUUAUAUUAGUGAUAAAUAAUCCUGUAGCUUGAAUACUCCAAAAAAGUGGUAUCUUCUCUAUUAGGAGUAAAAGGGAAACUUUAAUGAUCAAAUUUAAAUAAUACUAUACUUUUUUUGUACUGAUUGAAAACUUAAUCAUAAUUCAUAUUCAUCAUAUUGUCCAAGCAAACAAAAUUUAGUUAAGAAAGUUUUGAAUAUCUAAUGUAUUUAUUAUAAAUUAUGCUUGAAUAAUUUUACGUUCAAGAAACUUGUUUGAUUACCUACAUUUUUAAACUGAAAAGUUUUACUGAAAUAAACAUGGAUUCAGUUUAAAGAGUUGCCACCUAUUUUCUACCCUGUUGUAUUAAUAUAGAAAUUUUCAAACUUUUAAUUUAUUCAAGUAUGUACAGUUUUCACAUAAGUUGGUUAAGAAAGUAAUUUGCUUUUACUCUAGCUACCUAUAGUUCUGGGUCAUUCACACCAAAGAUACCAUCUUUAUAUUCCUAUGGGAAAGUUUUUUUGUAAAGACUUCAUGCCCAUACAUGUAUGGUUGUAAGACACGUUUGAGGAGUAUGGCAUGAGUAACUUGGCUUUGUUAUUUUCAUUAUGUUUGUAUAUAAAGCCAGAUUCUCCCUUGUUAAGCAAGUUUUUCUUUAAAGUUCUCCUGAAGAUUGGAUGAGAUUUAACUUUAGUAAUUUAAAACUAGCAUAUUUUUUUUGUUGUUGUUUAAAUGUUAAUUUGAUUUCAUUUUAGUCUAACUUUCAGGGAUGUUUUUAUUUUAACAUUUUAUUUUUAUUUUACCUUACUGGUGAAGGGAGGGAGGCUCACACUGUACUGUAAGAGAGGUCUAUUAAAGGUUUCUCUACACUUCUAUUGCCAAUUCAGCAUACUCAUUAUAAACACUUGCCGUUGUUUUAUAACUGUACCAUUCUUUUCAUUUGGUUGUGUUUUGUGAAUAAAUAUUAUUGUGCUGAA